AUAACCACAAACACACCUGCGUAGUUCAUAAUUGGGUGAGAAACAAAAGGCGGGAAAAAAAACAACGAUGCAGGGAAGCAGAGAUCAAGAAUCGAGUCCUCUCAUCGCCACCGUCCAAGACAUUCAGAAACGCCUCAUUCGACCUUCCUCUCUCCACUCUCCUCCAAUCUCAUCCCCCAAGAAGAAGACGAAGAAGCAGCUUGAGGAUUACUUGGAUCCGGUUCUUCUCUCUGCGAUCUCCUCCAAGAUCGGUCGCGUAAAGAAGCAGAAGGUUCCAUUACUUCCAGAGAUGAAGAAGAAAUUGGUCAUGGUCAAGGAUUUUGAGUGGCCUGUUGAUGAAUUGAAUGCCUUCGUGGCUGAUGCCAGCAGGAGCGACCAAGUCGUGGAUCUCAACAACGAUAAUUUAGUAGAUUUUAUUGAAGAAGAAAGUGAAGAGUCUUGCACUCCGUUUCGGCGUUUUGAGCAAUCUGCGUUAAAGCGUUUCAAGGAACUCGAUCAACCAUAAUGGUUGCUCAUGUGGAGUAGAGAACAAUAAACACGAUUUGAUGCUUAUCAAAGUUACUAUUCAUGUUCAUGUAAGUAUUAUAUUUACUGUGUAUUGAAUCAAGAUUAAAUAUAUGAA